AGUCCAAAGCAAUCGAAAUCUCCCACCAAACCCUCAAAACGCGAAAUCCUCAGUCAGAAGAGAAAAAACCAAACCUACACAAAAAAAAAAAAAAACACUUUGACAGAAACAACGACAACGAAAACGAAGAUGUUCCAAGACGAUCCGUGCUGGGCACUCGGUGUGUCAACUCAGUCCGCGUCGACUGGGUGGACUCGCGAGGAGGACAAGCUGUUCGAGCAGGCGCUGGUGAGCAUCCCCGACGGCGCCCCCGAUCGCUGGGCGAUGAUCGCCCUCCGCCUCCCCGGCAAGUCAGCCGCCGACGUGGCGAUGCACUACCACGACCUCGUCCACGACGUCGGUGAGAUCGACGCCGGCCGAGUCGAGCUUCCGAGUUACGCCGAUGACUCGGCGCUGAGUCCGCGACGCGGCGGCUGGGACUCGGCCAAUCAGAUCUCGUUUGGGGUGGCGAAGCCCAAGCAGGAGCCCGAGAGAAAGAAGGGGACGCCUUGGACUGAACAAGAACACAAAUUAUUUCUAAAGGGACUUCAACAAUAUGGCAAGGGUGAUUGGAGGAGCAUUUCAAGGAACGUGGUAAUCACAAGGACGCCAACUCAAGUGGCAAGCCAUGCCCAGAAGUACUACAUUCGCCAAGGUGCUGCGAAGAAGGAAAGGAAGAGAUCAAGCAUCCAUGACAUCACGACUGUUGAUUCCAACGCGGUUCAUGCGGCCCCGUCCGCUGAUCAAAAGAACUUCAUUCAGCCACCUGCUGCUAAUCCACCACCUCAGCAGAUGCCAAUGUUGAUGAACCACCCACAAGCACAAAGCCUUAUGCCUAAUCAGGGUGGUCCUUUGGGAUACCAGACUUAUGGUUUUCCCAUGUGAAAAAUGCAUUACAAUUUGCAACAAUUAGUAUACUCUUGUGUAUAUAUAUAUAUAUAUAUAUGAUAGACAGAGCAAUGCCUUGCAUUUGGAUAGUCCAAUCUGUAUAUUCAGUGUAUUUAGGCGAUUAGGAUUUGGCAGCUUAGAUUAUUGUCUUUUUUCUUAGUCAUUUGUGAAGUAUUGGAUACAUCAGUUUUAGGUCGUCUGGUUAUGUGCAGGUGUCGUAAUCGAUUAAUUGAAAAGCCAUAGUAAUUCUUUA